ACACCGGCAACAUGGCGUCGGACACGCAGGUUUCAGACACACUAAAGAAAUUUGCAUCAAAUGUGACAACAUCAAGCUUGAAAGAGCGCAAAGAGAUAUUUGGAGAGCUAAAACAGUGUGUCAAAGAAAAAGCAUUACCAGAGCCUGCCAUAAAAGGACUAUGCAGACUUUUCUGCCUCACGCUGUUCAGAUAUCAGGAUGCUGCCUCACGCAGAGAGCUCCUCUCUCUCAUUGCUCAGCUGGCAGAUAAUCAGCCUGAUAUUCUUGCGACCAACCUUCUUCACUGCCUCCUGAACAGUGGGCUCAUUACUAAAAAUGGAGAGCCAAGUAAAUGCACAGGGGCGGCUGCUGUCUUUGGUCUGUCUUGGACCUGCCUCCUGGUGCCCAGGCUGUUUUCUCUGUCUGAGAAGAGAGAAGGGGCCACCUGGAUGAAGUUGGUCGAAGUGCAGAGCCUUCUUGUUGCUGAGGUAGUUGCGGGUGCCAAAGGCAACGCCCAAAAAGUGAGCAUCAAGAAUUUCACUCAUCUCCUGAAGAAUAAUGCCGGACUAGUUGGUCAAUAUAUCAGCAGCUUGUUGAGUCUUGAACAAUCAUGUGUAACUUUGGCCAUGCUUGGAGUGUGUUUCGACUUCUGUUCAGCUCAGAAGGACAAAGCGACAAUUGAAAAGCACAAGAGUGCCAUGCUGGACCUCUACAUCAAGACAGUCCUGAUGAGCAAGACAAAACCUCACAAGCAUAUUCUGGAGAAAAGUGGCUCCCUGCUCCGUCAUGUCUCCCACUCUGAGUUUAAAGAGCUGCUCCUCCCUGCCUUGCAGAAGGCAAUGCUUCGCAGUCCUGAGAAUGCCAUGCAGACUGUUUCAUACCUGUUGUCCUCUGUUACCCUUGACGUUAGUCAAUAUGCCAUGGAAAUUGGAAAAGCAGUUGCAAGCCAGUUGAAGGCAAAUAAUGUGCAGCUGAUGGAGGAAGCAGUUCAGGCUAUGCAGAACAUGGCUCAACAAUGCAGUGACCCCACUGCUGUGCAGGAUAUUGUCAGCCACCUCUUUAAGAUCCUUGGAGGAUCUGAAGGAAAACUCACAGUUGUUGCCCAAAAGAUGAGCGUGUUGUCAGGAAUUGCCAGCUGCAGCCAUCAUGUGGUGUCAGGAACUUCAAACCAGACUUUAAGUUCUGCUGUCACGCUGAUGUUCAUUCCCUAUUUGCAGCAAGAAGUUCACGAAGGCACAUUGGUACAUGCAGUAAAUGUCCUCUCCCAAUGGAGCAGUCGCCUUACAGUUGAAAUUCCCACUGCACUGCUUGAUUGGCUGAAAAAGGCUUUCACCCUAAAGACGUCCACGUCGCUUGUACGUCAUGCCUACCUACAAGGCAUGUUGGGCUCAUUUAAAGGUGACACGCUGGCCCAAGCCUCAGACCUCGUGCCUUUGCUCCUCCAAACUGUGGAGAAAGCAGCUGCACAGAACUCCCAACAUUCUCUCCUUGCUGAAGGCUUGGCUGCGUCAGUCCUUUUAUGUCGCCUGUCUCUUCUUGACACAAUGCCAGAGUCUAAACUGGCCAACUUUUGGAGUUUGAUUUUGGAUGAGAAAAAGCCACUUUUCACAACAGAGAAGUUCCUGUCCCAGGCCAAUGAAGAUACGCAACUUUCUGUGCUCCUGCUCUGUGAAAGGCUUAUCUUGGACCACGCCCAUCGACUAAACUCUGGCAAAUCCCAGAUGUAUCAUCAUGCCACUGUUUCAGUCCUGUUGUCUCGGAGCUGGCGGGUACGAAAACGUGUCCAACAGACCGUUCGGAAGCUUCUCUCAUCUCUGGGCGGCUCCAGCCUAGCUCACGGCCUGCUGGGAGAAUUGAGAGCAGUCAUCCACAGACAUAAAGUUCUCGACCAGGAUGCACUGGUGUCCGAUUCUGGGGAUUUAACGGAGCUUGGCCGCACCUAUGUCUUACCCCGUGUCCUGCAUGAGGCACUGACUGUGGUUUGCUCUGCUGCUAGUGGUGAUAUGACUGAAUCUGAAAGUUUGGCCAUGGAAACCCUCAUAGUUGCCCAUCAUCCAUCAAUAGAAGAAGCCCGCCGCGGUCUGUGGUCUGUUCUGCUCUCUGCCAUGAACAUAAAAGCAGAAGAAUUUGUCGAAAAUAAUCUUGACGAUAUUCUGAAGCAUCUGUUGGAAGUCAAUACAGAUGACCAGGCAGUGAAGAAUGCAGUCGGUGCCCUUUCUUGCCUAUCACCCAACAAACUACUGCCUCGAGUAAUGAGUCAUAUUACUGAGGGGCUUACUCGAUCAGCUAGUCAUGGAGUAACUAAGGAAGACUACGCCAUCAUGCAGACCCCAGAGGGUGAGCUGUAUGAUAAGAGCAUCAUUCAGAGUGCACAGAAGGAAACAACAAAGAAAGCCAAUAUGAAGCGUGAGAAUAAGGCCUACUCCUACAAGGAACAGAUAAUUGAGCUGGAGUUACAGGAGGAGCUGAAAAAGAAGAAGGGCGUGAAAGAUGAAGUACAGCUGACGAGCAAACAGAAGGAAAUGGUUCAAGCUCAGCUUCAGAGGGAGACGUCCAUUCGAAAGAGACUUCAGGAGCUGGAUGCUGACCUGACAAGUAUAGUGGGUCUGCUUGAAGCUAUUUUGAAAGAAAACCCACCUCUGGUCACCAGGGAGUUGCCUGCUGUCCUUCAGGCUCUAAUGCCUCUCCUACACUCUCCACUGGCUGCUCCUCGCAUCAAACAAUCCUUUUUGGACAUCGGCAAAAGCCUUCUUCCAGGCCACCUGCAUCAGCUGGCUGUGCUUGUAGGUCAUGUGACUUUGAGAAUGCUGAAGCCUGAAUGUGAUCUGGAUAAGGCCUGGCAACAAGAAGACCUCAACUCAGCAGUCGCACGAACUGUGCAGCUGCUGCACAGUCACACUGUCCCUCAGAGGGAGAGCAAGACAAUUGAUACAGCCCCACUGUCAGCACCAGCCUUUUCCUUUUGCUUCCCACUGCUCAAUGCCACACUCAGGGAAUCUUCAGGCAGCACUGAGGAGAAUGAAACUCUAAUGAUGAAAUCGCUGCAAAUCAUUAACCAGCAUGCCCAGCUCCGUGCAGAAAACGAUGACAACAUGACAGUUGAUGAGAAUGGCCCUGAACUGCUUCCACGUGUCAACAUGCUGCUGGUACUGAUCAGAGUGAUUUCUACUGCAACCCCAAGGCUUCAGGUGUUGGCUUCUCAGUGUUUGACUGCUCUGUGCGCCAGUGCUGGCGGAGGGGAAGGUUGCACUGUAGCAGAACAACAAGAGAUCGAUGUCCUGCUCAACGGCCUCCUCUCGCCAUGCUUUUCUGUCCGCGACACUGCCCUCAGGGGCUUACUGGAGAUGGAGUUUGCUCUCCCAACAGACAGCACUGAGGAGAGUGGACUUAGAUUGCUUAGGAGGCUUUGGAUUGCCAAAUUUGACGUUGAAGAAGAGGGUCGUGCUUUAUCUGAACAACUGUGGGAGUCCCUGGGUUUGGACUUGGUCCCAGACCUUUGCCCUCUGCUAAUUGGAGACGUCACUCACCAUGAGGAGGCUGUUCGUACUGCUGCUGCUGAAGCUUUGUCUUGUGCUGUGUCCAAAUACACCGACCAGUCAGCCUCAGUGCUGGCUCAACUCACUGAACUGUAUCACACAAAACUAUAUAGACCACCUCCUGUACUGGACACUCUGGGCAGAGUCAUCUCUGAAUCUCCGCCUGACCAAUGGGAAGCUAGGUGUGGAAUCGCUCUGGCUCUGAACAAGUUGUCUCAGUUCCUCGAUGAAUCCCAGGUCACUCCUCUCUUCCUCUUCUUUGUUCCCGACGCUCUGAAUGACCGUCAUGCUGAGGUGCGACGCUGCAUGUUGGAUGCCGCACUCUCUGCCCUAAAUACCCAUGGAAAGGAUAAUGUGAGCUCCCUCCUGCCAGUCUUCGAGGAGUUUCUGAAGAAUGCCCCUCAGGAUGCCAGCUACGACUCUGUCCGGCAGAGUGUGGUCAUUCUUAUGGGCUCUUUGGCAAAACAUCUCGAUAAAAAUGACCCCAAAGUUAAACCCAUCGUGGCAAAACUCAUCACAGCACUGUCGACACCAUCGCAACAGGUUCAGGAAUCUGUUGCCAGCUGUCUCCCUCCACUAGUGCCUGCCAUCAAGGAGGAUGCUGCUGGCAUCGUCAGGAAUCUGCUGCAGCUGCUGCUGGAGAGCGACAAGUAUGCAGAGAGGAAAGGAGCUGCAUAUGGACUGGCCGGUCUGGUCAAAGGACUUGGAAUUCUUGCCCUCAAACAGCAGGAAAUCAUGACCACACUGACGGAUGCUAUCCAGGACAAAAAAAACUUCAGACGGCGGGAAGGGUCAUUGUUUGCCUUUGAGAUGUUGUGCAACAUGUUGGGAAAAUUGUUUGAGCCAUACGUUGUCCACGUGCUGCCACAUCUACUGCUCUGUUUUGGAGAUGGAAAUCAGUAUGUCAGGGAGGCUGCUGAUGACUGUGCCAAAGCUGUGAUGAGGAACUUGAGUGCUCAUGGUGUGAAGCUUGUGCUUCCAUCUCUGCUGGUGGCCCUUGAGGAAGAGUCCUGGAGGACGAAAGCUGGCUCUGUGGAAUUGCUGGGUGCCAUGGCUUUCUGCGCUCCCAAACAGCUCUCCUCCUGCCUUCCCAGCAUUGUGCCAAAACUAACAGAAGUGUUGACUGACUCUCAUGUUAAGGUCCAGAAGGCUGGUCAGCAGGCCCUCAGACAGAUUGGUUCAGUUAUCCGUAACCCAGAAAUUCUCGCCAUAACGCCAAUACUUCUGGACGCUCUGACUGAUCCAUCCAGAAGAACCCAGACAUGCCUGCAGACGCUGUUAGACACCAAGUUUGUCCACUUUAUCGACGCCCCCUCUCUGGCUCUGAUAAUGCCAAUUGUCCAAAGAGCCUUCCAGGAUCGAUCCACUGAUACUCGCAAGAUGGCUGCGCAGAUUAUUGGCAACAUGUACUCCCUGACGGAUCAGAAGGAUUUGUCGCCGUAUCUGCCCAGUGUUAUUCCCGGACUUAAAGCAUCUCUGUUGGAUCCAGUACCUGAGGUUCGCACAGUAUCAGCCAAGGCCUUGGGUGCCAUGGUAAAGGGAAUGGGUGAAUCCUGCUUUGACGACUUGCUGCCUUGGUUAAUGGAGACACUGGCAUCUGAGCAAAGUUCUGUUGAUCGCUCUGGAGCAGCCCAAGGGCUGGCUGAGGUUAUGGCUGGGCUGGGAGUAGAGAAGCUGGACAAGCUGAUGCCCGACGUGGUUCAGACUGCCAGCAAGAUAGAUAUUGCCUCCCAUGUGAGAGACGGCUACAUCAUGAUGUUCAUCUACCUGCCCCUCACCUUUGGAGACAAAUUUACACCCUACGUGGGGCCCAUCAUCCCCUGUAUUCUCAAGGCGCUGGCUGAUGAGAACGAAUAUGUAAGAGACACAGCACUGAGAGCUGGUCAGCGAAUCAUCAGUAUGUACGCUGAGACUGCUAUUGCACUGCUGCUUCCCGAGCUUGAACAGGGUCUCUUUGAUGAUCUUUGGAGAAUCAGGUUCAGCUCGGUGCAGUUGCUUGGAGAUCUUCUGUUCCACAUUUCUGGAGUGACUGGAAAGAUGACCACAGAAACUGCAUCUGAGGAUGACAACUUUGGGACAGCUGCCUCCAAUAAAGCCAUUAUAUCAGCUCUUGGGGCAGAGAGGCGUAACCGCGUCCUGUCUGGUCUCUACAUGGGUCGAUCUGACACGCAGCUAGUUGUGCGACAGGCAUCCCUGCACGUGUGGAAGAUAGUCGUGUCCAACACUCCCAGAACCCUCCGGGAAAUUCUGCCGACACUCUUCAGUCUCUUACUGGGCUUCCUGGCUUCCACCUGUCCGGACAAGAGAACGAUCGCUGCUCGGACACUUGGGGAUCUGGUGAGGAAAUUGGGAGAGAAGAUCCUCCCGGAGAUUAUUCCAAUUUUGGAAGACGGUCUUCGCUCCGACAAGAGUGACGAGAGGCAAGGAGUGUGCAUAGGUCUCAGUGAAAUCAUGAAAUCCACCAGCAAAGAUGCGGUACUGGUCUUUUCUGAGUCCCUGGUCCCGACUGUGAGGAAGGCUUUGUGCGAUCCAUUGGAGGAGGUCAGAGAAGCUGCAGCGAAAACAUUUGAGCAGCUCCAUGCAACAAUUGGUCACCAGGCACUGGACGACAUCUUGCCGACGCUUCUUAAGCAACUGGAUGACAAGGACACUGCUGAGUUUGCAUUGGAUGGUCUGAAGCAGGUCAUGGCGGUGAAGAGCCGUUCAGUGCUGCCUUACUUGGUGCCAAAGCUGACAGCUCCUCCGGUGAACACCCGUGUCCUGGCUUUCCUCUCUGCUGUGACUGGCGAUGCUCUGACCCGCCACCUUGGUGUUAUUCUGCCGGCUCUGCUCUCCUCUCUCACAGGAAAAUUGGGAACUGAAGAAGAAGCCCAGGAGCUGGUCAACUGUCAGACUGUGAUCCUGUCAGUGGAAGAUGAAGUGGGUCAGCGCAUCAUCAUUGAUGAUCUAUUGGAAGCCACUCGAGGAACAGAUUCCGGCCUUCGACAAGCUGCCGUCACCAUUCUCAAUAGCUACUUUGCUCGAACACGUCUGGACUACAGUGCUCACACACGCAACCUGCUCUCUGGCCUCAUCCGCCUCCUCAAUGACUCCAACACAGAAGUUCUGAUUCAGAGCUGGGACACCAUCAACUCCAUCACGAAGAAAUUGGAUGCUGGCAGUCAACUGGCUUUGAUUGAUGACCUCCAUCGAGAUAUCCGAUCAGCUGCGAGUGAUACAAAGGGUGAACACCUCCCUGGGUUCUGUCUGCCCAAAAAGGGGGUUACGUGCAUCUUGCCGGUUCUGAGAGAAGGCGUCUUGACUGGAAGCCCUGAGCAGAAAGAAGAAGCUGCCAAAGCUCUUGGUGGUGUCAUUAAACUCACAUCACCUGAGGCUCUACGGCCGUCUGUUGUGAACAUAACUGGGCCCCUCAUUCGUAUUUUGGGAGACCGCUUUGCUUGGACGGUGAAAACGGCGCUGUUGGAGACCCUCACACUCUUGCUAGCAAAGGUGGGCAUCGCACUGAAGCCAUUCCUGCCGCAGCUGCAGACCACCUUCCUCAAAGCUCUGCAAGAUUCAAGUCGCGCUGUGAGACUGCGGGCUGCUGAAGCUCUCGGCCAGCUGGUGUCCAUUCACACCAAGGUUGAUCCUCUAUUCACGGAGCAGCUGUCUGCCAUUCGAAAUGCUGAAGAUUCCGGAGUCAGGGAGACCAUGCUCCAAGCCUUAAGGUUUGUCAUCCAGGGGGCCGGUUCCAAGGUGGACCCAGCUAUCAGAAAAAACAUCACCACCACAUUACUGGGCAUGCUGGGACAUGAUGAGGAUGCAACCAGAAUGUCUUCAGCUGGCUGCAUCGGUGAGCUCUGUGCUUUCCUUUCUGAGGAGGAACUGAAGACUGUGCUGCUGCAACACAUCUUAGCCGACAUGUCUGGGGUGGACUGGAUGGUGCGGCAUGGACGCAGCUUGGCUCUGGCAAUCGCACUGAAGUCUGCUGCAGAAAAGCUUUGCGUGAAGGAAUACAGUGAUGCGGUGAUGGACACCAUUUUGGCCAACGCUACUGCCGACAGGAUUCCCAUCGCAGCCAGCGGGAUCCGGGGAAUGGGAUUCCUGAUGAGGCAUCAGCUAAAAACAGAGGGGAGCGGUGUGGUUUCCCAGCGGUUCAUUUCACAGUUAGUCAAGUGUCUUCAGAACCAGUCGAGUGACAUCCGGCUGGUGGCAGAGAGGGUGCUGUGGUGGGUUUUCAAAGACCCUUCUACGCCCUCAAUGGAUAUGGCUCAAGUCAAGCCGCUGCUGAAGAGUCUGCUGGACAACACCAAGGACAAGAACACCAGCGUCCGAGCGCAGAGCGAGCACACCAUUGUCAACCUUUUACAGCUGCGCCAGGGAGAGGAGAACAUGCAGGCCAUAACCGCCAUUCUGGACUCUGCCAGUAACGACCUGCUGUCUGAGUGCCACCGUCGCUCUUUGAAGAAAAUAGCCAGCUUGCCAGACUCCAAUGAAGAGAUAGACGACACUAUCCUCACGUGAUGGAGCAAAUUUCAGAUCACAAGAUUAACUGUCUUGAAUAAAUGCGCACAGUAUGAGAUGCAAGCCCUCACACAUCAACGUUGUCUAUUGGCUCCUCAAACAAAUCCCCCUUUUUUCUCUUUUUUUGUCUUUUCUGAAUUGUUUUAAAGACCUCCAAGUUAAGGUUUAAUUUUAUCCCACUGUCAAAGUUUCUUUGGAAUAUUUUGGCAAUUUUCCCCCCCAAAUUUUUUACCAAAUACUUCUGAAAAUGUCACUGUGAAGGCCCUGUGUUUAUUUUUAAAUUCCUUGAAGUUGUUUUGGUGUGACACAGCAAUCUCUUCUCAGCAUAAACACCAUGGUUAUGUCAGUGAUGCGGUUGUAAUGAAAAGAUGCUAAAAGAAAUAAACCAUCUUGAUUUCAA